AUUUAAAAAUCAUCCAGCCAGGAACUCAUUUAAUCUACAAAAUUUAAUAUAAUCUUUAUAUAUUCAACUGUUAUUUUCUUCAUUCUUGAAUUUGAAUACAUCUUCCCUUGGUUAAUACUUCAAUCUCUCCCUUUCUCUUUCAGCUUAGCAUUGACUUUGAGGAUAUCUGAAUCCUCAAAUAGCCAUUUCAAUGGUAUGGCUGAUCAGACAGACUCCAUAUCUCUUUCUUUCUAGUACAGGCAUCUCAGGAAGAUGAACACUACCAACUCAGGGGGGUUCCUGGACGCUAACAACAUAGGUGGUUUCGGCUAUGGCAUUGGAGUGUCGGUGGGAAUUCUACUACUUAUUACGACUAUUACAUUAGCUUCAUAUUUUUGCACCCGCGUUCAAACCACACCACCAGGCACAGGCCCUGAUAGGAUGAUCAUAUCAGAACCGCCUAAUAUGCAACACAUUGUCAUUGAGGUAGGCCUCGAUGAGGAAACACUGAAAAGCUAUCCAAAGCUGCGUUACUCUGAGGCCAAGCUCAAUAAUAAGGACUCCACAGCAACGUGUUGUUCCAUAUGUUUAGGGGACUACAAAGGUAGUGACAUGCUGAGGUUGCUUCCAGAUUGUGGACAUCUGUUUCAUCUCAAAUGUGUGGACCCUUGGUUGCGAUCCCAUCCCACGUGUCCGGUUUGUAGAACGUCUCCCUUGCCAACGCCUCUUUCGACUCCUCUGGCUGAGGUGGUUCCAUUGGCAACAAGAAGGGAUAUCGGAUAAGUAUUCUGUUCUGUAUUUUCUGUUUUCUGUAUACAGUAGGUUUAGACUUUUCACAGAUUUCUUUACUCAGUUGAAUUAGGUAGAUAGAUCUAUUCUUCACUUGAAUUGCUCCUCAUUCUAUGUCCUUUUAACCAAGUACCAAAGUUUCAAGUAUUCAUAUUCAUGCCAUGUCC